AUGACUUCUUCCGUCAGUACACGCCUUGAGUUACCAGCGCUCGGUGGUGGCACAAAAGAUGAUGAUGAUGAUGAUGCACUGGAUUGCGCACAGGAUGGGGUUGCUUGGGCAUUUGAUGAUGGCGGCACACUGGACGUUGGUGGAGGCACACAGGAUGGUGGUGGUGGCACACAGGAUGGUGGUGGAGGCACACAGGAUGGUGGUGGAGGCACACAGGAUGGUGGUGGUGGCACACAGGAUGGUGGUGGAUGCACACAGGAUGCCGGUGGUGGCACACAGUAUGGUGGUGGUGGCACACAGGAUGGUGGUGGUGGCACACAGGAUGGUGGUGGUGGCACACAGGAUGGUGGUGGAUGCACACAGGAUGCCGGUGGUGGCACACAGGAUGGUGGUGGUGGCACACAGGAUGGUGGUGGAGGCACACAGGAUGGUGGUGGUGGCACACAGGAUGGUGGUGGUGGUGGCACACAUGGUGGUGGUGGCACACAGGAUGGUGGUGGAGGCACACAGGAUGGUGGUGGAGGCACACAGGAUGGUGGUGGAGGCACACAGGAUGGUGGUGGUGGCACACAGGAUGGUGGUGGAGGCACACAGGAUGGUGGUGGAGGCACACAGGAUGGUGGUGGAGGCACACAGGAUGGUGGUGGAGGCACACAGGAUGGUGGUGGUGGCACACAGGAUGGUGGUGGUGGCACACAGGAUGGCGGUGGUGGCACACAGGAUGGUGGUGGUGGUGGCACACAUGGUGGUGGUGGCACACAGGAUGGUGGUGGUGGCACACAGGAUGGCGGUGGUGGCACACAGGAUGCCGGUGGUGGCACACAGGAUGGUGGUGGUGGCACACAGGAUGGUGGUGGAGGCACACAGGAUGGUGGUGGAGGCACACAGGAUGCCAGUGGAGGCACACAGGAUGGUGGUGGAGGCACACAGGAUGGUGGUGGAGGCACACAGGAUGCCAGUGGAGGCACACAGGAUGGUGGUGGUGGCACACAGGAUGGUGGUGGAGGCACACAGGAUGGCAGCGGCGGUGGCACGUAG